GAACAAGCUUCCAAGAUGGCUGAUUCAGUUCAGGCAAAUGAGGAAGCAAGAGGUGAAGACAUAGAGACAACAGAACCAGAGAAAGCAGUAAAAGAGCGGAAGUUCUCAUGGGCAAAGCUUCGUCGUGUUGAUUCGCUUAACCUAGAGGCAGGAAGAGUUUCGCAUAUGGGGACCCACGCUGCCAAGGUGGGUUGGGGGGUCACAUUGAGUUUAGCAUUCCAGAGCGUUGGAGUGGUGUAUGGGGACAUAGGGACAUCUCCGCUCUAUGUCUAUGGAAGCACUUUCACUGAUGGGAUCAAUGACACAAAAGAUGUAUUGGGGGUCUUGUCUCUCAUUAUCUACACCCUGAUUCUCAUACCGUUGAUCAAAUACGUCUUUAUUGUUUUACGGGCUAAUGACAAUGGUGAUGGAGGAACAUUUGCUCUCUAUUCCUUAAUAUGCCGCUAUGCUAGUGUGAGCUUGAUUCCAAAUCACCAGGUGGAGGAUAGGGAACUCUCCAACUACAGGCUUCACACACCAUCAAACCAAUUGAAGAGGGCUCAAAAGAUAAAGGAAAAGCUGGAGAAUAGUAAAUCAGCUCAGACUGUGCUUUUCCUUGUCACAGUCUUAGGGACUUCCAUGGUGAUUGGAGAUGGGAUUCUGACUCCAUGUAUCUCAGUGCUUUCAGCAGUGAGUGGAAUCAAGGAGUCCGCCACGUCCCUCAAUCAAGAUGCCAUUGUAGCAAUUUCUGCCGUAAUCUUGAUCCUUCUAUUCAUGGUUCAGCGUUUUGGCACGGACAAAGUCGGUUACUCUUUUGCCCCUAUCAUCAUUUUAUGGUUUACUUUCAUCAGCCUUAGUGGAGUCUAUAACUUAUUCAAGCAUGAUGUAACCACUCUGCGUGCAUUCAAUCCAAAAUACAUAAUAGACUACUUCAAAAGAAAUGGUAAGAAAGGAUGGAUCUCUCUAGGUGGUGUUGUACUAGCCACUACAGGCACUGAAGCCAUGUUUGCUGAUCUGGGCCACUUCUCUGUUAAAGCCAUACAAGUAAGCUUCUCCACAAUGGUGCUCCCUUCAUUAUUAUGUGCUUACUGUGGGCAAGCUGCAUACCUUAUGAAAUUUCCAGAAAAUGCCUUGGAUUCUUUCUACAAAUCGAUUCCUUAUCCUUUCUACUGGCCAACAUUCGUCAUUGCUGUUGCUGCUGCCAUUAUUGCCAGCCAAGCUAUGAUAUCUGGUGCAUUCGCAAUUAUAUCUCAAUCCCUAGCUCUAGGCUGCUUUCCAAGAGUUAAGGUUAUCCACACAUCUGCUAAGUAUGAAGGGCAGGUUUACAUUCCUGAGAUAAACUACCUACUCAUGAUUGGCUGUCUGAUAGUGACGAUUGGCUUCAGGACCACAGAAAAGAUCGGCAAUGCAUAUGGCAUUGCAGUGGUUGCUGUCAUGGUGAUAACAACAUUCAUGGUAACUCUCAUUAUGCUCGUGAUAUGGAAGACAAGCAUUUGGGCAAUCGGACUGUUCUUUGUAGUGUUUGGUGCAUUAGAGCUCCUGUAUCUAUCUUCAGUCCUAUACAAAUUCAAACAAGGUGGAUACCUUCCGCUGGCCUUUUCAUUUAUCUUGAUGAUGAUAAUGAGCUUGUGGCAUUACGUUCACAAGAAAAGAUACAUGUUUGAGCUUAAAAACAAGGUUUCUAGUGAUUACAUAAGAGAUUUGGGCAUGAACCGAAAUCUAAGUAGGGUGCCUGGAAUUGGAUUUCUAUACUCAGAGCUUGUGCAGGGCAUCCCACCCAUAUUCCCCCACUUCAUUGCAAGCAUUCCAUCCAUCCAUUCAGUUCUAGUGUUUAUUUCGAUAAAGUCCAUUCCUAUCAGUAAAGUGGCAGUGGAGGAGCGCUUCCUCUUCCGGCAGGUUGAGCCAAGAGAGUACAGGAUGUUCCGCUGUGUGGUGCGCUAUGGAUAUAAUGACAUUAUGGACAAAUCUGAGGAGUUUGAGCGCCAGCUGGUCGAACACUUGAAAGAAUUUGUCCGUCAGGAACAAUUCUUCCUAGAAAGUGCUCCUCUUGAACAAACAACAACAGCCCAGGCUGAGGCAGCUAAUGCCACAGGCUACAUUCUUGAAACAAAAGAUGUCAAGCCAUGGAAAUUGGGAUCGGCCAUCGUGCACACUGAGGAAACGCUGCAACAGCUAAAUACAGCCCGUCUUUCCUCAGGAUCCAUCCAUGCAGGCAUCAUUACUCGAUCAACGAACUCUUCUGGCCGAAUUAUCAGCGGGCCAAUCUUAGGAGCUGAAGAAGAGAUGCAGUUCAUUCAGAAAGCACUGGACCAUGGAGUGGUAUAUCUCUUAGGUGAAACUGAAGUGGUGGCAGAACAAAAAUCCUCCAUUUUCAAGAAGAUAGUUAUCAACUAUGCCUACGAUUUCAUCAGAAGAAACCUAACGCAAGGAGACAAAGUUAUGUCAGUCCCACGGACUAGGCUGCUCAGGGUUGGAAUGACAUAUGAGAUCUGAGAUGAAGUUCCUCAUAUGCCAUCCUCAGCAACAAAAAUCUGUAAGUUAAAAGUAAAUGACAGAAUUUAAAUGAAAAGUGUAAUAGCCUCCCCCCUUUUGGCUGGAAAGACAGAAGAAUGCAAGUGAAGUAUCUCACAGAGGGAAAUCUGAAUUGAAGAGGCACUUAUAUUGAUUGACUGCCAAAUGCCCAGAAUGAUACGAAUAAAGGUGAGUGAUGGAUGAUAGAAUGACUGUAUCCUUGUCAAGAAAGCCAGUGCAGAAGAGAGGGGAAAUGAUUCUCAAUGUCAACCACCAGGUAUAUAGGAUAUUUAUAUCAGUUCCUUAUGCUAAAAUAAACAGAAACAUAUAACUCUACCACUCUAGGGAUUGAUGUACAAAUCUAUGAAGAUUUAUAACCUAACUCCAUCUCAUGCUCUCAAGCUGAGAAGGAUGCAUCAGCAUCAUUAUCUAUGUUUGUUCAAAAGGAUAGCUAUCUGUUCAUGA